AUGCGCUAUUAUGAACGACAAGAAGCUUUCGUGCCUCGUUCGUCAGUUGUGAAUGUCGAUGGGACGCGUAAUGUGCUGGCUGCAGCGCGAGAGGCGGGUGUCGACAUCUUCAUCUACACUUCCUCCGGCAGCGUUCCCGUACGACGUACGACCUUUUGGAUCUUCCCGUGGCAAAGACAACCUGACACCAUGGCGCAAGUCAUCACUGACGAAACACCCUUGCCGGAAAAGCACAGCGCGUUCUUCUCCAACUACGCAUACACGAAGAAUAUAGCAGAGGAGCUUGUCCGUGAAGCCCACCAUCCGGAACAAGGGUUCCGAACUGGAAUUCUUCGCCCAGGUAUUGUCGUAUACGGCUACGGCGAUGGUCAAUCCUUCCACGCGUGUUUGUGCAAACGCAACAAUCCAUCUUGGAUGGCAGGAACCGUGCAAUCUGUGGUCUAUGUCGAAAAUGUCUCCUAUGCCCACCUGUUAUACGAAUCGCGGCUGCUCGAAUCACAGUCCGCCCAAGCUACCUCGCCUCUUCAAGCACUCGGUGGGCAAUCCUACCUCGUUACCGACCCCGGCAACCCCGUCGCUUGCGGAGAUGUCUACCUCGCCCUUAACACUCUCACGAACAACCGUGUCCAGUUCCCCGAAGUGCCAGCGGCACCGAUGCUCGUCAUUGCGAGCAUCAUCCAGGCGUACCACAUUCUUCAAGCACGGUUUCCAAAGAUGCUUUCGCCUCUGACGGGAGACCUUCUGACCUUCCAGCCGCCUAUAUUCGAUCUGACAGCCGCGCAUGCGAAGGUGGACGACGAGAGAGCGUGUUUACCGCCUUCCGAAGGCGGUUUAGGCUAUCGCGCUCCCUGGACGACGAUGCAAGGCGUGUGCCAGCUUGUCAGUGAUUACCUAAAGGACGAGCCGUUGUAG